AUGGCUAACAACGGCUCUGCGCGCAAUGCGCAUCAGCUCUCAUAUGAGGGCAAGCCGCUCAAAGACAUUCCCAAGACCUGGAACUUCACAUCGGCACUCACCCCCGACCCUCUGUUUCCCACUCCGGCCGCUUCGCACAAGACAGCCCGAGACAAGAUUGGGCCGCGCAUGGUUCGCGACGCCCUCUUCACAUGGGUGCGUCCCGAGAAACAGGAGGACCCCGAGCUGCUCGCCGUGAGCCCUGCGGCUAUGCGCGACCUCGGCAUCAAGGAUGGGGAAAAGGACACGGAAGACUUUAGGCAAUUCGUCGCGGGAAACAAACUCUACGGAUGGGACGAGGACAAGCUGGAAGGCGGUUAUCCGUGGGCUCAGUGCUACGGCGGUUACCAGUUUGGCCAAUGGGCCGGACAGCUCGGAGACGGCAGAGCCAUAUCUCUUUUUGAGACGACCAACCCGGCUACUGGUGUCCGCUACGAACUACAGCUGAAAGGUGCCGGUCUGACUCCGUACUCGCGGUUUGCUGAUGGAAAGGCGGUCCUGAGAUCCAGCAUCCGCGAGUUCAUCGUCUCCGAGGCGUUGAACGCCCUGUCCAUCCCCACAACGCGCGCACUAUCUCUUACUCUUCUACCGCAGUCUAAGGUCCUUCGCGAGAGAAUAGAGCCAGGCGCAAUCGUCUUGCGCUUUGCUCAAUCCUGGCUUCGCCUGGGAACUUUUGAUCUCUUGCGGUCUCGAGGCGACCGUAAGCUGGUUCGGGAGUUGUCCGCCUAUGUCGCAAAUGAGGUUUUUGGAGGCUGGGACAAGUUACCAGGAAGAUUGGCGAACCCAGAUAAGCCUGCGGAAGCACCAGAGCCUUCUCGUGGUGUCUUGGACAAGACUGUAGAGGGUCCCGCCGACGCUGCCGAAAACAGAUUCACCCGACUGUACAGAGAGAUAGUUAGGCGCAAUGCGCUAGUGGUUGCACAAUGGCAAGCUUAUGGCUUCAUGAAUGGAGUUUUGAACACGGACAAUACUUCAGUCUUUGGACUUUCCAUCGACUUUGGACCGUUUGCUUUCAUGGAUAAUUUCGAUCCGUCUUAUACACCAAAUCAUGAUGAUGCCAUGCUCCGUUAUUCCUACAAAAACCAACCUACCAUCAUUUGGUGGAACUUGGUCCGACUCGGCGAAGCUCUCGGAGAACUAAUGGGCAUGGGAUCGGCAGUUGAUAAUGCAACAUAUCUUGCCGAGGGUGUCAAGAAGGGCCAGGAAGACGAAGUCAUUGCACGAGCCGAGAAGCUCAUCACGCAAGCUGGAGAAGAAUACAAGCAAACCUUCCUAUCAGAAUACAGGAGGCUGAUGACGGCGCGCCUCGGCCUCCGCCAGCAGAAAGAGUCUGAUUUUGAUGUGCUCUUCUCCGAAGCUCUGGACACUCUAGAAGCCUUUGAGCUUGACUUUAGUCACUUCUUCCGUCGACUCAGCAGUGUCAAGCUCGCGCAGGUUGCAACAGAAGACGCGCGGCGUCAAACAGCCAAAAUCUUCUUCCACAAGGAAGGCCUUCCAAAGCCGAGUACGGAGAGCGAUGCUUUGGGACGCAUCUCCAACUGGCUGUCCAAAUGGCAUGACAGAGUGGUGGAAGACUGGUCGUCUGAUGGGAGUGGUGUUACCGAAGGUGCAGAGGCAGAAAGGAUCCAGGCUAUGAAGCAAGUCAACCCCAACUUUGUUGCCCGUGGCUGGAUCCUCGACGAAAUCAUUCGUCGUGUGGAGAAAGAAGGGGACAGACAAGUCCUGGAUCGUGCCAUGCACAUGGCUCUACACCCCUUUAAUGAUUCUUGGUCUGGCUUAGAAGUUGGCGGCGCGACACAUCAGGGCGACAGUGAAGAAGAGCAGCGCUGGGUUGGAGACGUGCCUCGUCUCGAGCGAGCCAUGCAGUGCAGCUGCAGUUCCUAA